UUUAUCGAUCCCAAAUUCCUGUUAGACCAACGGGUCAGGGCUUGGCUUCUCAGAAGACUUAGCUGCGUGAAGUUUUCAACAGAAGCUUUUCAACUCUAAGCAGACUUUUCCUAGAACUCAAUUUUCUCAGCACUGCCCACGCAGGAGGCACAGCUGGGAAAUCCCAGGUCUUUAACUGAGAAAUGUCAGCUUGGAAUGAGUGACCCCCAAAAGCUACUUUACAUAGCACCCCGAGUAGGAGUCUAAAAGGGUCAGGUUGAAGGUUUAAGGCAGCAGUUCUCACCUGUGAGUCAUGACUUUGGGGCCUAAACAACCCUUUCACAGAGGGUGCAUAUUAGGUAUCCUGCAUAUCAGAUAUUUACACUAUGAUUCCUAACAGUAGCAGAAUUACAGUUAUGAAGUAGCAACAAAAAUAAUCUUCUGGCUGGGGUCACCACAACAUGAGGAACUGUGUUAAAGGAACAGCAUUAGGAAGGCCGAGAACCACUGACUUAAAGAGACAUUCAAACGGGCCGCACGCCUUUAAUCCCAGCACUCGGGAGGCAGAGGCAGUCGGAUCUCUGUGAGUUCGAGACCAGCCUGGUCUACAAGAGCUAGUUCCAGGACAGGCUCCAAAACCAGAGAAACCCUGUCUCGAGAAAAAAAAAAAAAUGGAGGGAUACAGAGACCAGCCAGAGCUAAAAGUUACCAAUGGUGUCUAUCUUGCAGCCUGGCAUUAUAUUGGCAUCUGUGGAGGCUUCACAUUCAUCCUAUUACAGCUGGUGCUUAUCACAGCCUUUGCCCACUCAUGGAACAAGAAUUGGCAGACUGGCGCAGCCCAAGACUGUACCUGGUUCCUAGCUGUAUUACUGACUACCCUAGGAUUCUACAGUGUGGCAGGUGUGGGAGCUUUGCUACUGUUCCACCACUAUACACACCCUGAUGGUUGCCUGCUCAACAAGAUGAUACUCAGCCUACAUCUUUGCUUCUGUGGCCUCCUUUCUUUCCUCUCCAUCGCACCUUGCAUCCGCCUCAAGCACCCAAGCUCUGGCCUUCUACAAGCCUCUAUCAUCAGCUGCUAUAUCAUAUACCUGACCUUCUCUGCACUGUCCAGCCGCCCCCCAGAGACAAUAAUCUUUCAAGGACAGAAUCACACCUUGUGCCUGCCUGGCCAGAAUAAAAUGGAACCACAAAUACCAGACACCUCGGUAGCAGUGUUGAGUGCGGGCAUCAUGUAUGCCUGUGUGCUUUUUGCUUGCAACGAGGCUUCCUACCUGGCUGAGUUAUUUGGACCCCUGUGGAUCAUCAAGGUUUACAAUCAUGAGUUCCAGAAGCCCUCACUCUGUUUCUGCUGCCCCCAAACAGUGGGACCAGAGGAUGGGCAAAGUAGCAGAGUCAGACCAACUGACCAAGAGAGCCCACCAGCCGCCCAGGUGCAGAGCCAGCAUCUUUCCUACAGCUACUCUGCCUUCCACUUCACCUUCUUUCUUGCUUCACUCUAUAUCAUGGUUACCCUUACCAACUGGUUCAGUUAUGAGGGAGCAGAACUGGAGACCUUCACUAAAGGUAGCUGGGCUACCUUCUGGGUCAAAGUUGCCUCCUGCUGGGCCUGUGUACUCCUCUCUAUGGGGCUGCUCCUGGCACCACUGUUGGCUCCCCACUCAGAAUCACCACCACCCUGGUAUCUUCAGGCAACACUGCCAUCACGUCAGUACUGCCAGGUAAAAUCUAACCCCCCAUUCUCUAUUUAAAAACCGGGUACCCUUUAGAUUAUGUUCCUAAUCUUAGCUCUGAGAGUCAUCUGGCUGAGCUCAGUACCUCAAGAACAAAUGAGUACCACAUAGGCUAAAAUGGAAGAAGUGGCCAAAGAUACCCUUGAUUUCUUGAUUCAGUAAAAACUGUCUUCAUUCAAGCUCAAGAGUCUAACUCCCAGGUCAGUAAACUCAGGAGCUGAUCUAAAGUGUGGCACCAGCCCCUUCCUAGCUUCUGAGCUAGAGAUAAGGAGCAGGAAAGACCAACAGAGUCUGAAGAUCUGGGUCUGCUCUUGGUAAUCAAAAGGAAACAAGUGGUUCAGCCCUGGGCACAGGAUGUAAGAGCCCAGAACCACAGAACAAACCAGGGCACAGGAAAAACAAGCAGAGGCUACCACAGGUUUUAAUCCUGAACUUGAGGUCAAAGAAACUGGAAGACAAAAACCACCUUCAUUCCACGAGGAAUGACAGAACUUAAGAGAAUGUGAACACCGGAAGUUGGUGAGCGAAGUUUUUUUUUUUUUGGGCCAACUUUCAAGCAAACAAAGAAUGAGGAAGAGACAUAAACUUGGGUCUUAGAUCCUUCCCCUCUGAUGGCCCUCAAUACCAUCAUGGGGAUGGUGUUCAAGGUCUUAGGGCAUAAAAUCACAGAAAAGAAGUCUAUAGUUCUCAGAGGAUUCCUCACCACCGAACUGGAGUGCUUUUCUGGUUGCCA